GAUUUCUGUAUAUGUAAUCGAACUACGGAGAUAACGCAGCCAUUUUGGUUUAAGGAGUAAUUAUUUAUUUCAAAUAACAAAUUGUUUAAUAGGAAACAGAAGACGUCAGAUAAUGGUUCACCUAAAGCCUCUCAAAAUAAAACCAGAGUUCCGUGAGCAUACGGGAUAAAAUGUUUUGUACCGAUGAUAUUUCUGAUCUUGAGACCGAUGGUGGAGUAGAUGAUAAUACACAAAGUUUACAUCAUAUGAGUAUUACAAACGGACAUAACGAAGCGGAAAGUUGUGCUGUAGUUCCAAAUGAAUAUUUAAACCAGCUUGCAGAUCAAAGUUCCCAGCUUUUGUUGUCCGGUCACACUACAGGUUUCACUGGUACUUCAACAGUUACCAGCGAAUCUUCGGUGGUAAACGGUCAUCAUAGCUUCGUUCAUCUCAACGGACAUACAAACGCACUUGAAGAGAAGGCAAGAAAAGAAGAAGCAAAACAAACGUUUCUUAAACAAGCAGCAAUACAGCAAAAAAUAAAACAAAAAUACUUAUUCACCGAGAAAACUGAGACUGAAUCAACUCAACGAGUUAAACCAGCAAAAUUUAGAGCGUACGACAAAUUGGAAAUCAGAAUAAAAUCAUUUGUUGGGUUUAAAUCAGGUUCUAAAUGGACUGAAUCAUCCUUUGCAAACAGUGGAUUUUUCUAUAAAGGCUUUUCAGACAUCGUUGCAUGUUUCCAUUGUGGAAUAGUACAUAAAAACUGGAAGAGAGACGACGACCCAAUUAUGAUUCACUUCCAACUACAACCAGACUGUCAUUAUAUAAUCGAGCUCAGACUUAAAGGAAUAACAUCAUGCAAAAAUCUUGUUGAUGAGUCAGAAGAUAAUGAUGUUGAAAUGAGAGAAGUGACAGAAGAAACAAACAACCUAUCAAUAACACCCCAAGUAUCAGCAAAUUCUCGACUAGCGUGCAAAGUUUGUUUGACGUAUACCUUAGAAUUUACAAUACAGCCAUGCAACCAUUUCGCAGUGUGUGGAUCAUGCUGCAGGAAGCUUAUGAGUGACAAUAAACAGUGUCCUAUCUGUAGAGGGCCGAUAGAAAAGGCCCUCAGGACCCUUAUUACAGAAUAACUUUUCGACACAUGUUCAAAUUUUAAUAAUAGAAGUAUCUAUUUUAUUCUAUUUUUUUAAGCUUUUAUAAAUAAUUUUUCGAUAAGUUUUUAAUUUAUGUGAAUGGCAGCUUUGUAAUCCGUUGAAGUAAAAGUUACAUACCAAGCAGUCGUAUUAACUGUUUAAAAUAGUUUUUCUAGCUUAAGUUAAGACUUCACUACGAAUAUUAAGAUAUAAGAAGAUGUAGUAAAGUUUCCAAUGAAACAACUUUACACCCAAGUCACAACUUGUAAAAGCAAAACCAUCAUAGGUAAAAGUUCGUAUUCGACCUUCAACACGGAUCCUUUGUUCUCACUGAAUAAAAUGAAUCAUUUUCAACACUUGUGAUAAUACUUAAUCAAUAACCAUUUUAAUAACAGGACGUUGAAUUGUUGUUAAUUUUGUUGACCAUUUCAAAUUAACUGUAACCCUGAUUUUGAAACAUUUUACUUAUGUACAUAUUAACAUAGUAGUAAACACUGUAUUAUGUAGUUGUAAAAGACACAACAGAUGCGGUUUUGUUGGAUAAUCAAAUAAUAUAGCUUUUCGAUUUUCGAUUGUUUGGUUUUUCAGUAAAACCAUUUGUAGAGCUCCGUGGGAGCCAUAUGAUAUAAACAUAUUUAUUGAUUAUUGGUGAUUAAUGCCACGUUAAGUCCAUUCGGCUAUAUCAUAGCGGUAAACAGAAACUGAACCAAACAAGUAUUUUUGAAAUAUUUGGCAAUCUGCAUAUUUAAAGGUAAUACUUUUCAAAGUGUACUUGUAAAAUAUGAGACUCAAGAGAAAAAAACCCAUAUAAUUAAAAAAAACAACAGGCAAAACAAUGAUCAAUAGAAAAAAUUGCAAUACAGUCAAUAUUCAACAAAACAUAAAGAUAACUAAAGAUGCUGUAUAUAAUUUUUAAUCAACGGAUCACUGUAUUAUUUAUGUUGUAAAUGAGGUAUAUUCUGUGUC